ACCGCGUCCCUCAGGCCCAGGUGUUCGGGCACUGAGUGAAAGGAGGGGCCGGGGCUGCCCUGCCUCACAGGGGAGGUUCGGCCGAGCAGAAUGGCCAGCAGCCCUGGGAGUAAUGCAGCCCUCGCUGAUCAGAAAGGCACACACUCAGAAGUCUCUCAAGCAAAGAAGUCUCAGCAUGCAGAAGAAGCCAUCUUUUACAAGAACUGUCGAGCAGCUUAUCUGACUGUUUUCAAAAGCAGUUUAGAAAAUAUUAAAUCAAAAGAACAACUCACUUUGGUACUUCAACAGGCUGGAAGAAACCCAUCUCAGAAGACAAUUAAUAAAUACUGGACUUCACAAACAACCGCGCUGAAUUUUGAUGAUUUUUGUACUAUUUUAAAAGAAGAAACACCGGCUGCAAAAACUGAAUUGCUUGAAGCAUUUGGGAAAAUAGACACAGAUAACACUGGUUAUAUCUUACAUGAUGAACUUCAUAAACUUCUGACAACAGAAGGUGAAAAAAUGACUUUGGAUGAAGUGAAUGCAAUAACUAAAUUACCUGAUUUUAACUGUAAUGGCAAACUGGACUACAAGAAGUUUUGUGACUUAUAUAUGACAACCAGUGAGCAGUGCUGCAGGACUGCACUAGAGAAACUGGAGGCUGAUGAUCGAUUGAGGCAUCGGCAAUUUGGAAGUGAAGCUGAAACUUCCCCUGAAGGGCUCACACUGCCAGUAUCAAAACCAUCACUGAAAACCUUGAGGAAAACUGACCACAAACCAGCACCAACCAAAGGUGAUAGCAGAACUUCUUCAAGACCAGCUCAAAGCUGCAAAGCAUCCAGUUCUUCCACCAUCAGCGUGUGUGCCAGUAGCAACAGAAGCACAAACCUAAUUGAGCCGAGCACGAUGAAGGAAUGGCAAUGUGCACAAUCCAAAGGAUGCUUCUACCUAGAGGAAGAUGGUGAAAUCGUUAGUCAUAAGUACAGGCUGCAUUUACCUCAAAGGUCUACAGUGUGCAUAACUAUCAAACCUUUACACCUUCGUCAAAUAGAAGGAAAAUCUUGUCACUGGUUGUCAGUGGAUACGGUGUUGUAUGUUCUGAAGGAAAAUGAAACCCAAGAAAAUCUGCAGCUUGUCUGCUUUACUGACCACCAAAACAAAGAGAUGUUUGGAUGGAAAGGGGAGCUUCCAUCAGGAGUUUACUGGCUACUCCCAUUCACAACAGGCUGUAGGCUGAAAAAGGUAAAAACACCAAUUGCUGGAGAAGCAAAACUGGUGUACAGAGAUGAAGAUGGUGAACUGGCUCUUACCAAAGAGUUCCGAGCAGCUUUAUUGGAUAUAUUUGAAACAAUUGAUUUGGAUGGAAAUGGCCUUCUGAGUUUGGAGGAAUACAAUUUCUUUGAACUGAGAACUAGUGGUGAGACAUGUGAUGAGGAAGUGUGGGCUAUAUGUAAGGAGAAUUUUGAUAUGAAGAAGAAUGAACUAACAAGACAAGGAUUUAUGGAUCUGAAUCUCAUGGAAGCCAAUGACCGUGAAGGGGAUCCUAGUGACCUUUGGGUCACUUUAUUGUCACUGGGCUACAAUAAAGCAUUAGAAAUGACAGAGGCAUGCCCCUUUGUCAUUGACAUCUGUGCAGAAAAAUGCAAACCCAGAAUUAAAGCCAUAUAUCUAGAGGCAGGCAGCUGGCAACUCAACAGGGCUAUCUGCAAGUCUGUUGUUAAUAAAGGAGAUGCCAAAGUAAUGGAUGGCUGUGAAAACAUUAUUGUCUAUACCCAUAGGACUGGCAUGCGAAUCACUUCUGUUAUUGAAAAUAAGUCUGAUAACAAAGUGAUUGUUCAUGUCAACAAUGAGCAGAGUAGGAACUGCCAAAGUAAUAGAGGGCUUGCUGUUUUUGCUGUGGAAGUGGCACCAAAAUCUACGAUGGUUUCUCAGCACGUGAUGCCACUGAACGAGCAGGAAGAAUGGCUGUAUAACUGUGUGCAUUCCCUCUUACGCUAAACAUUGUAGUCAGAGUGCUG